CUCCAUUUCCCACAUCAAGAAUUUUUCAAGCAGAACUAGAAAUUACAGUUUAGCAUAGCUAGUUCACAGCAACAGCACAGCCCAAAAGCACCUCAAACAUGAAGGAACAGUCCCUCUUCUCAUUUUCAUUGCUCCUUCUCUUCCUCCACUGCUCCAAAAUCCUAGCCCAAUCACCUGCUGCAGCUCCUGCCCCAGCAAAAGCACCUGCUGCAACCCCUCCUCCUCCACCACCUGCAGCUGCUGCGCCUGCACCCGCUCUAGUCCCGGUAAUGCCAUCAAAAGGCCCUCUCAACGUUGUCAAAGUCCUUCAAAAGGCUGGUCACUUCAACUUCUUCGUCCGCCUCAUAAAAACCACCCAGGAAGAUAUCCAGUUAUUUUCCCAGCUCAACGACUCAAGUGAUGGGGUAACCAUCUUUGCGCCAACUGAUGGCGCAUUUUCAAGCAUCAUCAAAUCAGGCACACUUAACUCCCUAUCUGAUCAAGAAAAGAUCGAGUUAGUGCAGUUUCAUAUAAUUCCAAGAUUCCUGUCGACUUCCCAGUUCCAGACUGUGAGUAACCCUUUAAAAACACUUUCAGGAUCUGGCAAUCGAUAUGCCCUCAAUGUGACAACCACUGAAAAUUUAGUGAAUAUAAGCACAGGACUUACCAAUACAAGUGUAUCAGCAAUUGUGUACACAGAUGGGAAGGUUGCCAUUUACCAGGUUGACAAGGUGCUGCUCCCUCUAGACCUUUUCGCCCCUAAGCCUCCUGCUCCGGCACCAGCACCCCCAAAGGCUAAAAAAGAUGGAGGAGCAGAGAGUCCUGUGGUUCCUAAGGAUAUUUCUGGUGCAGUACUAAGCUGUAUUGUGCACGAUAAUUUGGUGAUCCUAGGGGUAAUUGGCGUGGUUGGUGCAAUAUUUUCUUUGUGACACAAAAGAAUUCUAGCGAGGUACCAACGGGCGGGUUCAGUUCUUCAAUGGUGUCUAAUUUUGCUGGGGUUGGGAUGAACGGUGGUGGUGAUCAACAGGGUGAGUGUGCUUUGAAUAAUUGCCAUUUCCUUUUUUUUUUUUUUUUUUCCUCAACCACAUUUGUAUCCUUCUGAGUUUGUGAAUAAUUUUGGGGGAUUUUUUUUUUUUUUUUGUUUCCUUGCUUUCCCCUUUGGCUUUUGUGUAUUUUGUGAAUUUUGUAACACAAUUCGAAAUUUUCAUGUAUUGAUGUAUUUUGCCAUUAAUAUUCAUGAUUAUAUAUAUACCAUUGUUUAUUUCUCUAUA